AUGCCACGAUCAAACUCGUUCGUCUCCAACGCAGGGGAGGAUCACCUGAGCCUGCCCUCACGACACAAUACCCUCAAGAAGAAGAAUUCUUUGCGAAGAAAUGGCAGCCUCAAGCGCAGUGGUAGUCGUCGAAGCAUGAAGGCUGGGAGUGUCCGCAGCCUAGCCUUACAAUCGACUUCAGACCCCGACGAAGCGCACAGCGCUUUUCACUGCCCCGUCCCGACGUCUGGUAAUCCAACCGAGGCUCUGUCUAACAGAUUUCAAUCUUGGCGCAAGAUACUCAAGGAUCUCAUCGCAUAUUACCGCGAGAUCCAGACUCACUACGAGCACAAGUCUAAGUCGCUCCUGAAGUUGGCCAAUGUUGCCAACAAUAUUUCAACCCCGCCUGGCUUUCUCGAAUCAGGGGGCAUCGACGAUGCCUUGCAAAUUCUCCGCACUUAUCACAAGGGUGCCAUCCUAGAGUCGAAUAAAGCCAAGGAAAUUGAGGAGGAUGUCAUCUUGGCACUCACAGGUCUAAGGAGCGAUCUGCACCAAAAGAUCAAAGAGAUCAAGAAUCUUUCAGGUGAUUUCAAGAAUUCUGUUGAAAAAGAGAUGGAUGGGACAAGACGGGCUGUGAAGACAUUGCAGGACACAAUAGGUCAGAGUGAUCUUGAUCCUUCGUUGACGACUGGGAAGCAAGAUCCUUACCUUCUACGUCUUGCUGUGGACCGACAAGUCGAGCGACAAAUAGACGAGGAAAACUACCUUCACCAGGCGUAUCUCAACCUCGAAAAUUCAGGUCGCGAGCUGGAGUCUAUCGUCGUCGGCGAAAUUCAGAAAGCGUACAAUGCGUACGCCGGCAUCCUCAAGCGCGAGUCCGAUGCAGCUUACAGCGCGAUUGACGAGCUACGCAUUGGGCCCAUAACCAUGCCCAAGGAUCACGAAUGGACAUACUUCGUUCAAAAGGACGACCAAUUUGUGGAUCCGAACAUCCCGAUACGGUCCGCCGAGCACAUCCAUUAUCCUGGCCGAGACCAUGUCGCUUGCCAGGAGAUACGUGCGGGACUUCUUGAGCGUAAGAGCAAGUAUCUUAAGAGCUACACGGCUGGUUGGUAA